AUGUGUCACCUCCAGAAGCUCACUUGCCUCAUGUGCAAACUGAAGCAAGCCGGGAAGACAGGAGAAGGGGCCUCUCAAGCCGACGAGCCCGACUACACUUUCAUUCUUCAGCCGUGCAACUACUUCAAGGGACUGAUCAGCCAGAAGAAGGAAUUGAUACAGGGGCACAGUCUCGAUGGCGCUCUGCCCCAGCUAGGCGAGCGAUUCCACUGCCCGAAUACCCAGUGGCCGCCAGACGGCUGCGUCCUGAGUCGGUGGAUUUGCGAGGACUGCCUGGGCGAGGGCUACCAGACGUAUCGCCAGAGUUCCGAGCGGGAGGCGGCGACGGCGAGGAGGGAGUUCUACCGGCAGUACCAGCAACAACACCACCAACAACAGAAGCAAGCGCGCCGCAACCGCGCACUCAAGAUCAGCGUAAACACCCAACGUGGCAAACAACAGAACCAGGCCGCGUCGCCCCCCGCCGCCGCAGUCCUAGAUCCGUUCCGCCACCUCCCAGAGAGCUUCCAGCUAGCCCUUGGGGAUUGGAUGAAGGAGGAGAUCCUCCGCAUAUACACCGAGGACUACGACGAGGCCCUGGCUGAGGCCGGCGGCGGCGGUGACUUGUCGGAGGAGGCCCAGAAAGAGAUCGACAUUCGCUGGCUCCAGAGGUCGAGCGAGGCCCGGCACCGUGUCCUGACGGCAUGGAUCCCGCGCUGCAACCUGUGCAAGACGACCAUGGUGAUGGAGGACAAAGGCCACGGCGACGAUGGCGAGGAGUGGAUCGCGGACAUGGAGUACGAGCCCAACGGCGUCCUCUGGAAGUGGCUGUUCGCGCUGGCAUGCAAGGGCCCGCUGCAGACCGAGAUCCGGACCGGGUUCCUCCUGCGGCCGUGCCAGUCGUGCGUGCUGAAGGAGGCCCGGCUGCGCGAGCAGGUCUGCGGCUUCCUCCAGGACAGCGGGCCGAUCCGGUGCCUCGGCUGGCUCGUCUACUCCUGGCUACUGUCCCGCGGUACCGGCAACUUCCCCAUGUUCGACCAUGCGGCCCAGAAUCUCGGGUACCCGGACACAAAGCCGCCGACGCUCCGGGAGAUCAUGGGGCUCAUGGCCGCGUCGUGGAAGCGGGUGACCGGCGUCGCGUGGGAGCAGGUGGGAGACCUCGAGGCGCCUUCCGCUUGUGAUCUGGCCGUGAUACCGCACUCGAAGCCGUUCCUGAAGUUCGACGACUGGCCUCGGGCCAAGCGAGACAUCCCGCUCGAGGCUCGCCAUACGCUUUCGAGUCUGAAUCUCGGCGGAGACCAGGUCGAGGGACAGCAAGCCGGCGACGGUCAGGAUGACUUGGACGAUGUGGUAGUCAGGGGCAGGAAACGCGCGCGCGAGUCUCAGUCGCCCAGAAACAGCUGGGCCAAGUCCCGCCGCCUCCUCAAUACCCUGUCAGAGAACACGGCGCUCAGAAACUCCAUGGAGAAGCAGUCAGGACUGGCCAAAGAUACGAUUGACCAGGCGUUCCAGGCAAUAGUCGGCAUGCUCGACGACGCCUGCAACCCGCCCCUCCCCGGUGCGCACCAGCUGUCCAACGCCCCUCUCAAUGUCGAGAUCGCCCGUGCACCGCUAGAAGCGGCCAAGGGGAAUUCGAAGUCCAGGAGCAAGAAAGGCAAGACGCCAGGCAGACUCUUGGUCUCGGUCAAGGGGGCAUUUGUUGACGAAGAUGCCAGCAUAGCUGCCCGCAAGCAAAUGAAUUCCCUUGAGCUCAAUGAUCCUGCGGCAAUGCACUCCACUGCGGCCCUAAAAGACCUGCCGAUGAUGCAUACUGCUCUGCCCAACGAGGCCGGCUCAUCCAAGAGCAUCGAGGGUAGAUUGAAGGGGAAGGCGAAGCAUCCCAUGUCGUCAGACACGCACGUUCAUUUCGCCGAACACGACCACGUGUUUGACUGUGACAAUCUCUUCGAUGACAAUACCCUGGGAGGUGACGACGCUCAGCCCACGGACGACGAAGACGCCGAAGAGCUCGAGAUCCCGGAGCUGGACCCGGAAGAGGGCGCGAUCCUGCAGUGCGACCAGGGCCACUGGCAUCUGCUUGAUACGGGCCUCACAGGCGCCGCGGCUCCAGGGGAGCUCAUCUUCCUGCCCCUCGGCAUUAGCCAUGCCAACGAUUAA